CUGGUGAAGCCGGCCCUUUCCGAACGCAUCUCCCGACGAACGGACACCGCUGCACACUGGGAGCCCCUUCCUCGGCGCACCGACGUCGGCGCAUUGGCGACUGCAUUGGCGACUGCCAUGAACGCGGAAGGAUGCCACCUCCCAUCUUCAUGUUUAUGCCUUCAUUGCGUGUUCCCGUAACUCACUUCCCUCUCGCCGCGCCGCCUAGCUUAGGUUCCUCCAUGGCUGCGCAAUCAACGACCCACCACACGCCGCGAGAGCAACUCUCUCUGUGGCUCCUACCCACUACACGCCCUCAGCCCUGAGGCAGCCGGCCAGGUCAGGACAGCGAGUAGCCAUCGGCCACAGGAGCGGUGCACUUGCCCGACGGAAGCACGAAGGGCUUGUCCUUGUACAUGGCCACCCCUCCCUUGCUGUUGAAGUGCGGCUGGCACUUCGAGAACAGUUUCUUCUUGUCACAAGGUCCAGGCUCGGCCGGUGGGUCCAUCGGCAUGUCGCCAAACACUACCCUGUCACCUGGUUUCGCGCCCUCGGGGACUUCGACGAACUUCACGUCGGAGUGGUCCGCGCUCGAGGCGCACAGCACCAUCCCGUUGCUUGGAAACCCUGCCAGCUUCUUGGGCUUCAGGUUGGCCACGACCAGCACCUGCCGGUCGGGCCGAAAGCUUUCUCAUUUCUACCUCGCCCCCCUCUGGGCAGGAGGUUGGGCACAACCAGAAACUGGAACUGUGGCUGCAAUCGACCCCACCACACUCACUUCUGGAGCAAAAACACCACGGCCAGGAAUCUCGGACUCUACCCCGUGAGUGCGACUGCGCAGAACACCCGGAAAGGGAAGAAACAACAAGAAGAAGACGAGGGACGGAUGAGGAAGAGGAGACGCCGAGGUCCUGUUGACGAACCGACACAUCGCGGCGUAGCCGCACAAUAAAAAACUGGGGGCGCGGGGUAUGCGUGCACAGAAAGCAGCAUAACAUGUGCAGGAUGUUCUCCAUCAGCCGCCUUUUGGUCCAACACGCCACGUG